GCCUGCUACUGUAGUGGAUGGAGUACUGGACCAUACCAGAAACUGAAAGAGCUGGAUACAGAUCUAUCAUGCUACAAUCGCUUUUGAAAAUGAUAAUGGAUGUCCUGCACCAAGGAGGAAAGCAGGUGAUGGAGUCAGGAGUGAUGAAAAAUAACGGUUGAUUAAAUCGUUAACGUUUAAAAGGUAAAUUACUAAGAUUUCUCCUGUGUAAUAAAUAAAGUAAAUGUUGUCUUUAUUUGCAUAUCACAGAGAACAAAGUUGAAAUGAUUGGUCCAAAGAGUUUGGCCACAUUGAAUCACUGGGAAGGGAUACUGCAACAACGGAAGGAGCACAUUAGGCUCAUUGGCAUUAAAACCUCCCCAAACAAUGCUGCCAGGCAGGGCUUCAAACAACUCAUUGGAGCACUGAAUGGAGGGAGAGUCACUGGCUGUACAUUAAUGAGGAUGAGCAAAUUGACCAGUGAGUCUCUUUGCUCAGGUGUCCUUACUUGCACAGUAUGAUGCAAGGCAUUGAAGUUGCCAUGCAUGUGGUGAAAUAUUGUUGUUGCCCUAAGUUUUUGGAUCACACCCUGUGUGCUGAAGCUAUUGAAAGAGGAUGUUGAGGGCACAACCUGCCGUGCAUUGUGGCUAAUGUGUCCCUUUGUGUUUUCAGAUGCACAGACUAAUGACUUGGCUGUUUCCUGAGGUGGCUCUAUGGAGGAUCCUUGAAAAGGCAGUGGGGCCACUGCUGUAGUACAAGCAGCUCUCUGCAAACCCAAGAAGGAGAGGGUGGCAAUAAAGCGAAUCAAUCUGGAGAAAUGCAACACCAGCAUGGACGAGCUCCUGAAAGAGAUUCAAGCCAUGAGUCAGUGCAAUCACCCCAAUGUCGUGACCUAUUUCACCUCAUUUGUUGUGAAGGAUGAACUCUGGUUGGUCAUGAAGCUGCUGAGCGGAGGCUCUAUGUUGGAUAUAAUCAGGAGAACAAUCAGCAACAAUGAACACAAGACUGGCGUGCUAGAUGAGCCAGUAAUAGCAACAGUGUUAAAAGAAGUGUUGGAAGGCUUGGAUUAUCUGCAUAGGAAUGGACAAAUUCACAGGGAUGUUAAAGCCGGUAAUAUUCUGCUUGGUGAUGAUGGGUCUAUACAAAUUGCAGAUUUUGGAGUCAGUGCCUUUCUAGCUGCUGGUGGAGAUAUGACCAGAAAUAAAGUGCGUAAAACCUUUGUUGGAACUCCAUGUUGGAUGGCCCCAGAAGUGAUGGAACAGGUGCGAGGUUAUGACUUCAAAGCAGAUAUCUGGAGUUUUGGAAUAACAGCGAUUGAAUUGGCAACCGGAACAGCACCAUAUCACAAGUACCCACCGAUGAAGGUUCUGAUGGUGACACUGCAGAAUGACCCUCCUACUCUCGAGACAGGAGUAGAGGACAAGGAAAUGGUCAAGAAGUAUGGCAAGUCCUUCCGUAAACUGAUUGCCCUGUGCCUGCAAAAAGAGCCAGCAAAGAGGCCAACAGCAGCAGAGCUUCUGAAGCACAAAUUCUUCCAGAAAUCAAAGAAUAAAGAAUAUCUGAUGGAGAAGUUAUUGGGCCAGUCGUUAGGUGGCGGGCACAAGGACACAAAGGCUGACAACACAGUCCAGGCUACUGGCACGGUGCCAAAGUCUUCGAGUGAGCCAGAAACUAACAAAAAGGUGAGACGGGUCCAGGGAUCAAGUGGUCAUCUGUACAAAACAGAGGAUGGAGGUUGGGAAUGGAGUGAUGAUGAAUCAGGUGAUGCAUUUGAUGAACGGAAGCCGACAGCCUUUCAGAAAACUGAACAAUCAGAAAGUCCAUCUCAUCUAAGUAAUGAAGAUAGUUCUGUCCAUCUAGUCCUGCGACUACGGAAUUUACGAAGGGAGCUAAAUGAUAUCAGAUUUGAGUUCACUCCAGGAAGGGACUCUGCGGUUGGUGUUUCUCAGGAGCUCGUCUCUGCUGGUUUGGUAGACGAGUUUGACAUGAUGGUUGUAGCCAACAACCUGCAGAGACUAAUAGAUGAUCCUCAUUCAAACAGGAGCCUCACAUUCAGACUGGAAUUUAUCUUCAGGAUGCUGCAAGGCUUUUUCUUGAAAAGCAGCAAGCUACUGUUGGAGACCAUCAGAAACGAGAGCAAAGGCCCAACUUAAAGUCCUUCCCGUUGGCACUCAUUCUGCUCUCUAAAUGGAUCUGUAUUACACUCCAAACCAUGUCUUUAAUCUUCUUUCGAUAAUACUAGACCUGUAAAAGAUCGAGAAGAAGCAUCCAAAAACAGCAAUGUAAUUGCAAUCCUACAGAAACUUUUCAGAAAGGAGCCUAAUAGAAUUAUCAGAACUCUAAGUUAUACCAGGACAGCAGCAAACCUCAUUCAGGCUCUCUCAGGAUGGGACGAUCCUAAGUAUGUCGUUUUCAUUUAGGAAGUGAUUGUUAAAAUGGCUGUACCUGAAAAAAGAAAUCGCAAACAUCUCAGGUUUAUGCUUCAAAAGCCAACUGUACAACAACCAGCACUUCAUGCCAUAGAAAGAGCUUUGAUCGACUGGUAGGAGUCGUAAAAUGGUUUCCAAUUUAUUGUUUGCUCCCUCUCCUACAUUCCAUGUUGUCAUCAGAGUAACACCACAAGUAAAGUCACGACGAUCCAAUUAUUCAGAGUCUGCACCAAUUAAUUACAUUUUCACUUCAUGAAAACAAGCACGUGGUCAAGUACUCUCAACGGCACAUAAUUUGGACCAAGUUGCAAUACAGACCUCAGACUGUGAUUAAUUGCAAUAGAUAUGUACUAACCUCACAUUUGGGCUAAUCUUAUCAUUCAAGUUAAAC